AGUGUUGUUUUUAUUAUCAGCUGUUUGUUGGGCUCUGUACUGCGCUAUCAUAAAUCUGCUGGGAUAACUGAUGAAAGCGAAAAGAAAAACUAAAUAAAUCAUAGAAUUUGCACACAGCGCAGUUAGAAAUCCCGAAAUACACCGCCAGACAUUUAUUCUUACAUCGGAAAAUCCGUUGCUGUGUAAACAAACAGGUUGUGCCGAAGCAGUAUUGUACUGACUGUGACAUUUGGAUCUGGGCCCCUCGGGCUGGUAACAUCUGUGGCAAGCACACCAGCCAUUUUCAGUACAAUCACACGUAAUUUAUCACAAUGUUUCAACGGCUCACAAAUCUGCUGUUUGGAAGUAUGAUUGAAACAACUCAGGAAGCAACUGUACCAAAGCCGGGGUCUCCAGAGGUGGACGAUGAGGGCUGGCUCCUGGUCAAUGCAUCUGAAGGAGAGACUCUCUCUGAGCCCAGUGAGGGAUCGAUUACGGUAAUAGAAAGCUUGUCAAACACAGAGAAGUGUGCUGCAAUAUUGGUCAAUGAUGCAAGCAUGGAAGAGCCAGAAGUUCCUGGUGCUCGGGGGAGCGGGCGAGUGUCUCAGAGGUUUGCCUCGAAGGCUGGUGCUCUUGUCAAAGUGACCCAGGUGGGCAGAAUACAGCGAGCUCAGGCCAGAGCCAACCGCCACACUCUUGGCCUCAAUUGCAUUCAGCGCCAGAACCACGUCCGUCAGCAUCUUCCUCAACACUGCUCUCGGAUACACCGUGUGAUUCUGCACCAGCCCCGCCAUCGUAACCUCAAACACUAAGGUGCAGAAAGAGCGGGUCAACAUAACACUUAGUAGUGCACAUGCAAGCACCAUGUUUGAAAAUAACAUUGUGAUAUUUUAACUGUUUUAUUAUUUACCAUGUAGGGUAUAAUAAAUCAAAUGGCAGCUAAAAUGUCUCCAAAGUUAUGUUGGCUAUACUUGAAAAUCUUGAAAGUGUGUUUGCCCACCAGUGCACUGUUAAAUGACUGCCGUGAAUAAAGGCUAA